AUGAGUGAUUUGGUUAAAUUUUCAACACCAACCAAAAUCAAUGAUAAAGCUUUAGUAGCUAUUGAUACUUACAAAAAGACUUUUCAAAAACAAAUAAAGAAUGAACAAAAUGGAAUUUUGUUGAGACCAUCUUUUGGUACUGAAGGUGUCCCCACUAUUGUAGGAGUCAAUUAUUUCAAAUAUAAUGUUAAUGGAUUGAAAUUAUACUCCUAUCGUGUAGAUUUAUUGGAAGAUCCUAAUGUUAAAACCAGAUUAUCAAUUAAAACUGCUGUUGAAAAAUAUUUAAUGGAAUUGGAACCAUUUAAAAGUAAAAAAGCCAUUAUUUAUUAUCGUGAUCAUAAUCAUCUUUAUUCAAGAAUGCCCCUUCCAAUUGAAGAUGUGGUUAUUUAUCCAUUGGAACUUGGUGGUGAUCCAAAAAGAGAAAAGAAAAUUGUUGAAUUGAAAAUUCAAUUUAUUAAACAAUUGAAUUUUUCUGAUUUACUCAAUUAUACUCAAUUGAAAAAUUAUACUCCCGAUUUUUUGGAAACCGUUGAAUAUACCAAUGCGUUGGUUGCGGUUAUGGGAUCCCAAGUUAUGAAAAAUACUAAUGUUGUUGGUCUUGGUCCCAAUAAAUUUUUCUUGAUGGAUGGAGCCACCAAGACUACUGAUUUAGAUAAAGGAUUAUAUGUUGUUAUGGGGACUUUUGCAUCGGUUAGAUGUUCAUUUGAUGAUGUUCGAAUCAAUUUGAAUCCAACCCCAGCGAUUUUUUAUAAAUCUUCAAAACCAAAUGGACAACCAAUGAAUGUUUUGGAUUUAAUUCAAGAAUUUUUGAAAAUUAGAAAUGUCCCUACGGAAAGAGAUAUUAGAAGAGCUCAAUCAUUUAUUAAAGGUUGUAAAAUUUAUCGUACUUAUCUUAAUCGUAAAACUACUAAACCAAUUCUUGGAUUUGAUUAUAGUAACAAUUCCGAAACAUUAAAAUUUAAAGAUGCUAAUGAUAAAUUGGUUAAUGUUAAACAAUAUUUCCAAGAAAGAUGGAAUAUUAGAUUGAAACAUCCUACUUUACCAUUAAUUAAAAUUGGUCCUGAAGCAUUUUUACCAAUGAAAUUGGGUAUUAUUGCUCCUCAUCAACAAUAUAAGGGGGAUUUUGCUGAUCCAGCGAAAAUCAUUAAAAUUACUGCUACUAGACCUAAUCAAAAGGCUGAAUUAAUUAGUAAAACCAAUAGAAAUUUAUUUCAAAAACAAGUUGAUUUUGGUACCAUUGAAUCUCAAUUCACCGUUGUUCCAGCAAGAGUUUUAAAUGCUCCAACAAUUGAAUAUGCUAAUAAUCAAAUGGUUACUUAUAGACCAGCACCUUUUAAUGGUAGAACCGAAAAACAAAAGGGGAAUUGGAAUCUUGAAAGAUAUCAAUUUGUCGAUGGAGCAAAACUCACUAAACCAAUGGGGAAACCUUUCACAUUUGGUGUUGUUAUUUUAAAAGAUGAAUUUGUUGCUAAACGUAUUGGUGAUUUACAAAGAGCUGUCCCAACUUUUUUAACCGAACUUGGUCGAUUAGGGAUUAAAAUUGGGAAAAAUUUUAAAAAGUAUUCUAUUGAUUUAAAUCAUGCUAGUGUUCAAUCUCAAACCGGUUUAGAAUCUAAUAUAAUUUCUAUUGCCAAAAAGGCCAAAACUGAAGAUCAAUGUAAUUUCUUGUUGUUUAUUUUACCUAGACAAGAUACUCCAUUAUAUUCAGCUAUUAAAAGAGCUUGUGAUCUUAAAGUUGGGAUUCUUAAUAGUUGUUCCAUUUUGAAUACUUUUACUAAGAAGAGACGUGGAACAGAAAAUUUUGAUGCUAUGACAUAUGCACAAAUGGCCAUGAAAAUUAAUAUUAAAUUGGGUGGAUCUAAUCAUAAAUUAUCGAAAAAAGAUAGUCAAGGAUUAUUUGAUAAAAAUAAUGUCCCCAUUUUCAUUCUUGGUGCUGAUGUUACUCAUCCAACGGGAGAAAUCAAUUCUGAAUCAGUUUCUAUUGCUUCUAUUGUUGGUAGUGAAGAUGAAAUUUUCAAUAAAUUCCCUGGAUCAGUUCGUAUUCAAACUGGUGGACAAGAAGUUAUUGCUGAUGUUAAAAGUAUGGUUUUGGAACGAUUAGAAAAUUUUCAUAAAAAAAUUGGGAAAUUACCUAGUAAAGUAUUAUUUUAUCGUGAUGGAGUCUCUGAAGGACAAUAUACCACCAUAUUAAAAGAAGAAUUAACAAAAAUUAAAGCCGCUUUUAAUGAAUAUGGUAAAUUGAAAAACAUCCCUAAAUAUUCUCCAACCAUUACAUUUAUGAUUGUUGUUAAAAGACAUCAUACAAGAUUUAUUCCUAUUCAUGAUAAUGCCGAUGAUCCCAAAACCAAAAAACAAAUAGCUGUCACCAGUAAUGAAAAUGUCAUUGCUGGUACAACCGUUGAUCGAGAAAUCACUUCUCCAGCAUAUUUUGAUUUUUACGUUCAAUCUCAACAAUCAUUACAAGGUACUGGAAUACCAGCUCAUUAUUAUGUUUUACAUGAUGAAAAUAAUUAUACUUCUGAUACUAUACAAAAAAUCACUUAUGAUUUAUGUCAUACUUUUAGUAGAGCUACUAAAUCAGUUAAAGUUGUCCCCGCAGCUUAUUAUGCCGAUUUAUUAUGUACUAGAGGUAGAGAUUAUAUUUAUGGUUUUGCUAAAGAUCCAAAUUUAAAAGGAUCACCUAUUGAAAGAGCAAGAACUAAAUUUGGUGAAAAUGUUAAUCCAAGUAUUAAAAACACCAUGUUUUAUAUUUAA